AUGAUUGGAUUGAAAACUCGUAAAAUCAGACUCUUCAUCUUUUUCGCUGUAUGUAUCGGUAUUUUCCUAGUUACAUUUGUCAUCACAAAGAACUCUAAAAGAUUGCUUUGUAACGUCGUUGAAAAUUCAAUUUCAAAUGCAAGUCAAACCAAAUGGAAGAAGAAUAGACUCGUUAUCGUUCCAGCGAUAUUCUUAGAAAUCGAUUGGGGAAGGCCACUGACUUGGCCUCCUUGGUUAAUCGAUGGUCUUGAUUUAUUUAAUAAGAAUCAUUCACGACCGUAUGACAUUUAUUUAUAUCAACGCAUCGAUUCAAGUUCCAGAGCACCUUUCAAUUGGCCCUAUUGUCGAAAUGUCCAUGAAGAAACAGGUGUUUAUUUAAAGUUUAUCUACGACUUUUAUCAUGAUUUACCUGAUAAGAUGUUAUUUGUACACGGCGAACCGGAGCGGCAUUCUGUUUCUCCGAUUCAAGCAGCGCAUUGUGUUCGUGACGACGUCUUUUACACAAGCGUGAAUACAGUUUGGUGGGGAAAACGACAUUGGACGGCGCCAAAUCCUGAUCCUAUUGAUAAUAUAACGCUACUAUAUAAGUGUGCAAAGCGCCUCUUGAGAUUGUUUGGCUUUGACAGUGAAGCUCAAUUAAAUCCGACAAACAAGAAGCCGGAGGAUUCGAGUAUUUAUUCAACCAUGUGUUGUGCACAAUUUUACGUCAGAAAAGAACGUAUCCAUCAUUACACAUACGAACAAUGGUCCGCAGCUUACAAUGCCAGUCUGGAACCUUACUGUACGUCGCCACUCGAUCGUCAAAUUCCAAGAAAACCUGGAGUGAAAUCGUUUGGAAGUAGUUUCGAAUUUCUUUGGCACAUCAUUCUUGGACUUGAAUCAUCCGAUAUGCCCGAACCGAAAGCAAAGACAACUUCCGAUCUGUGUCAUCUAUUUCGUUCGUCAUGUGCUGGAACUCUAUGUAACACCGCGUUCACUAGAAAUAUAUUCUAG